AUGCCUGCUACACUCGCUCGCACGCCAGAAUGGCUGUCAAGACCAAACCCUGGGUACAACAUCUUUAUGGAAUCGGAGCCUCAAGCUUCUGCUACAACACCUGCUACAAUCGCAAACUCGAGUCGGAAACGAGCAGCAAAACCUGGACCUCGUCGAACGAUUGCGCGCAGAGGAACGGAAAUAUUUACCGCUGUUGGAAAGGAAAUUAGAUGGGCGGAUCUUGUGUAUUUGAAGGAAGCAUGGGAGGAAACAUCUAGGAAAUCCCGGGGCAAAAAGCAAACGGAAGAUUCUCAAUACAAUGCAAAUCAUGCUCAAGGAUACAGGACUAUCAAAACGCCCGUCAGCGAAGAUAUUCGCCAGCUGAUCAUAUCUCCCCAAUCGAAUUUCUUAGCGAUCUUAACGACUCACACAAUUCAUGUUGCGAAACUGCCGGAAUCUUCUCACCUGACUGCGCGCGAAACGGGACCUCUAAAAUUAAAGACAUUCCAUUUAGGGCCUACAACUCAUGUCACCUCACAGCCUGCACUGGCGUCAGCGUUAUGGCAUCCUCUAGGGGUCAAUGGUAACUGUCUAGUCACAGUUACCGAGGACGCAAUUGUCAGGGUAUGGGAGCUUUCGUUGGCGGACCGAUGGUCUUUUAAUGACCCGACUUUGUCCAUUGAUCUGAAGAAACUAGCAGAUGGGACGACGGUAGAUCAAGAUUUCACGGCCACAAAUGGGCGCCAAGGCUUUACGCCAGAUUCAGUAGAGAUGGAAGUGGCAUCCGCGUGUUUUGCCAGUCGAGGAAGUGCAGGUUGGUCACCUAUGACCUUGUGGGUUGCAAUGAGGGAAGGAGAUGUUUACGCGCUGUGUCCACUCCUCCCAGAGAAAUGGUCACCACCGCCAACGUUGAUACCAUCUUUAUCGGUCUCAAUCGUUUCUAAGGUAGCUGCCACGGAGGACGAUCCACAAGCAGACAGGUUACUAGCUCAGCAACAACUAGCUUGGAUGGCUGACCUGGACAAUCAAGAUCCUACCAUCGUCGAGUCAUCACCUGGUGACCCAGACGCCGAAGUUUACUCGAGACCUGGAAAGCCCGGUAAGGUUCCAAAACUUCAAGGGCCAUUCGAGUUUCAGCUAGCGCCCGAGGAAUCAGAGGAAGAACUGGAUGGAUUGCUGAGCGACAUUUUUGUCAUAGGACCCAAGAUUGACUCGCAGGAACUUAUGUUCGGAGAGGAAGAUGACUUAGAAUUCGACGAGGCCGAUCAGGAAGGCUUAUCGAUAGGAAUUAUUUGUUUGCUCACGAGUAGUGGUCGCCUCCAUAUAUCUCUGGAUAUUGAAGGGGUUGAAGCUCAAUGGCUGCCAAAGUCAAAAUCGAAGAUAUCUAGGCGCUUGCUCAACGAUCCGACCCUUCUGACAUUUCAGGUUUUAGAUACUCUGAAGUCUGGGGAGGUCUGGGCUGGUAGCUGGCCAACUUUCAGUACAGACGUGACAUCGCGGUACCAAUUUUACGUCACCGAUACGUCUUGUAUCACUCAUAUCUCUCUCUCUCCGUGGGUAUUCCGGCUGGAAAAUGAGCUUAGCGAAGGUUCUGUCGGUACAGACCUGCGAGUCGGCAUGCUUGCUAGGGGCGACAAUACCAUUCGUGAACGUGUUUAUACCCAGCCUCUUAAGAAGGGGGAACUCGCUCUUGCGGCUAGCGUUUUGAUCAGGGAUCCAGAUCUUGGAUAUUUCUUACUGACCGCUGAUCAAGAUGGUCCAAAAUCUAUGAGCUUCGAGUUACCUGAAGAAGAUGACUUCGAACCCCUGCAGAGGACUCGAUCACCAACUUUCGUCGAGGAAGAGUCAAAGCCAUUACCGUUGUUUGAAGCACGGGACGUUUAUCAACCAUCGCGAACACUUCAUCAACGCAGCCGCUUGCCUGAUUUCCUCGAGAAAUUGAGGCACACCAAGUACAAAAGACUACUGAACGAGAGUGUCCGGUUAUCGCCAGCAACGCUCACAAUUGUCGCUGAAGCUCACAAAAUCCUCGGAGAUGAAACCCAUGCUCUUGGGGAGGAGGCCGCUCUUAUUUUCCGAAGUUGUGAACGAUUGCAGAUAGAACUACAAAGCCAGAUUAGAAAGACACGCGAGGUUGUGGAGAGGGUGGAACGAGUGAUUGGAGAUGACGUCGAUGAUGGACCAAUUGUUAACGUACGAGAAGAUGUGGAAGAACGAUUCGACAAUGCUAUGACUCGUCAGAAGGAAUUGACAGAAAGAAUCGACAAAUUGAAACGGAAGGCUGCACAGGGAAUCACCCGUGAACUGACAGAGAAGGAGCGUGCUUGGAUAGAAGAAGUCAACACUUUGGCUACCAAGAUCAGGCUCGAUGACGAAUAUGAACCAGCAGAAGAAAAAGGCCCGCAAGAGCGGUUUGACGAAGUAAUGGAACUGAAAGAAGAGUUGAUAGCUCAAGUGAAGGAUGCAUCAACGGAAGAGCAAGAGGAUUCAAAGCAAGAUGUUCAAGUACCAUCGGGGAUUAGAAAAGCGAAAAUCGCCCAGGUUAUGUCACUUUUGGAUCGUGAAGCGGCGCUUGUUGAGGGUACGAAAAGUCGACUAGAGAGGUUGAGUAUGGCUUCCUAG